AUACAACACCUGAAUUGCUAAGGUAGCCCACUUAAACAAACAGGCAGAGCAUAUGCUCUUUAAUUCGUUGUGUAGGACAAUACACAGUACUGUAAUAUAUGUGAUACUAGGCUAUAAGUAAAUAUCGGAUUUACUGUUUGCUCGAGAGUUUCUUUGGUUGGCUUCGAGGCACCAGCAAUGCUCUCUGAAAUACUGGGUUCCUGAUGCCCAGUUUGAACUGACCUGUAGUCUUCUGGCACCAAAAGAAAGAGAGGAUUUUCAGCAUUCACAAGACUAAAGACCUUUGGCUUUUGAGCAAAAGGUAUCAUGUCUUCGAGAGAGCGACGGUCUGAUUUGUACAUAAAGGCUGAACCCAGCAGUCCCGAGGGAGGAGGUGGUGGCAAUGGGAGGACCAGCCCGGGAGGAGCGUCCUCAGACUCCUCUCAGAGUGGAGGAGGGGGAUCCAGAGGAGAAAGUGCUGGCCGCUACUCCCCGCCCCCUUACACGCCUGCGUUACGUUGCCAUUUUAAGGAGGAGGGUGCGGAUGGAGCCGAGGAGGGCUCCACUGGUAGCGUAGGAGGCCGCUGCAAGUACACACUAAGCACGCUUCCCAAAAGGCUGUGUCUGGUGUGUGGAGAUGUGGCAUCUGGCUACCACUACGGAGUGGCUUCCUGUGAAGCCUGUAAGGCUUUCUUCAAAAGAACUAUACAGGGUAAUAUUGAGUACAGUUGUCCUGCCUCUAAUGAAUGUGAGAUCACCAAGCGCCGCAGGAAGGCCUGUCAGGCAUGUCGCUUCACCAAGUGCCUCAAAGUAGGCAUGCUCAAAGAAGGUGUCCGCCUGGACCGAGUUAGAGGCGGACGACAGAAGUACAAGAGACGCCCAGAGAUGGAGAAUGCUACAUACCAGAGUGCGCCGAUACCUUUAAGGAAAGAGGGAGAGAAGGGCUCAUCUAGCAUCAUUGUGUCUCAUCUGCUGGUGGCGGAGCCAGAAAAGCUGUUUGCUAUGCCAGACCCCCUGCAGCCUGACACGGCCCAACGCACGCUCACCACUCUCUGCGACCUGGCCGACCGGGAACUAGUUGUCAUCAUCGGCUGGGCCAAGCACAUUCCUGGCUUUCUUUCACUAUCUCUGGCUGACCAGAUGUCCGUGCUGCAGUCGGUGUGGCUGGAGGUGUUGGUGUUGGGGGUGGCGUACCGUUCUCUCGGCUGUGAGGACGAGGUGGUGUUUGCUGAGGACUUUGUGCUGGAUGAGGAGAUGUCUCGUGUGGCCGGACUGACUGAACUCAACGCCGCCAUCAGCCAGCUCGCUCGCCGUUUCAGGGUUCUGCAGCUGGACCGCGAGGAGUUCGUCAUGCUAAAGGCCAUCGCUCUCACCAACUCAGAUUCGGUGUACAUUGAGGACAUGGAGGCUGUGCAGAAGUUAAGGGACCUUCUGCAUCAGGCUCUGCUGGAGCUGGAGGUCCAGAGAUGCCCUGAUGACCCCCAGCGUGCGGGACGACUCCUCCUCACCCUGCCCCUCCUCCGGCAGACUGCCGGCCGAGCCCUCACCACCUUCUACAGCAUCAAGACCCGUGGUGGCGUGCCCAUGCACAAACUCUUCCUGGAAAUGCUGGAGGCCAUGAUGGACUCACCUUAGAGAAGAGACGACGGAUGGACGACGGAUGGAUGGAAGAUGAAGAAAACGGGCUAAAUCUUUUUGUAUGUUGCAAGGGCUACAAAAGCCAAAAGAAAACACUUUUUGGUGUUUAAUAUGAAGAAGAUGUUUUGUGUAACUGUCCGCCGGUACUGGUCUUUCACAUCCAAUCCACCUUCAUUUGAUUUUAAUGGGUACCACGUCAACACAGGCUUGGGUCAGUUCAGGCACACUUAAUAUUUCUAUCAGUGUUCGAGAAACCACAGACAACGUGUAAUUCAUUGUCACUCCACAGUCAUCCUGAUAAGUGUUUCUAGGAACUAACCGUUACUGUAAACUCAGAGAAAUUUACGUGCCAAGGACGUCUCCUGAGACUGCAGCAAUAUGAACUCUUCCCUGAAUCACACGAUUCAGCGUUCGUUAUCUCAUUCUUUAACAAUGGUAGGCCAACGAAACAAACACAAGUCACUAUCACUACAGUUAUAAUCAAGUAAGCUUAUUUUUCUCCUUAAAACAGUGCAUAAAAGGCACUUGUGUACAGUUAAUAAUGUCUUUUAUAAUGCACUCGCCAUACUACAAGUGCUAUCUAACUUUGUCCUGCUAGCUUUUUGUGGAAUAUGCAACACAUAGGUGAAGGAAAUACAGCUCAAGACAAACUUCAGUUUUCUGGGACACACUGGUACUGCAAAUAUACUGCAAAAUCAUAUUAUGGAAAGCAAUAUGAAAGACUUCAUAACUCACUUGAUCUCUGUCAUGCCACGUCUUGCUUCAAAACAGAAUUUAGUAGUUUAGUCGCAUAGCAAGCAAAGUCAGUGUUUUUUUUUUUUUUUUUUUUAUUGUAGAAUUUUUUUAUAAACCAGGCCAUCCUUUGUAUAAUAGCCAAUUGUUUAGAAAGAAUAAUGUCAUCGUUUUAGGAUAUGGAUUAUGUGAAUGGGAGAUUAUGGGUACUAAAUGCUGAACAGAACCAACUGUGUGUCUAAAUCGGGGUAAACUGGGAGUUUUUCCUCCUGUAGGCUUCUACUGUCAUUGAUUUUUGCUGUGGGACAUUCAUAUAUCAUCCUCAAUUCUUCAGAUGACACUGGCCUGCUUGUUGAUGAUUCGGAGUAAUUUGUUUGGAGAGACUUUUUCAGUCAUUCAGAGGAAAGAUCAUAAUCUGUACUGUAAUCCUCCAUUUGUAGACAGCCUCCAUCCGAGGUUUGUUCUGUGAUAUCCAGACUGAAAGCCUCUGUGGUGCAGAUCAACAUUAAAUGCAAAUUGGAAAGCCUCACGAGGUGGGCUCAUCUUCAAGACUCUUCGUUCGGCUGUUUUAGGAUGUGUUUGCGUUGUCUCCUCAUAGUUGUAUGUUUGCAGACACUUGUCUGGUAUUAUAUGCAAUCAUACUACGUUCAGUGUGCUACAACUCCUCUACCUUUUAUUUAUUCUACACAUGUGAAAACCGGAGGAAGAAAAGCCAGUUGCCGUUUUGGCCUCUUUACCAAUUUUAAGUACUAAAAAUGAAAACCACUGUUGUACAUAGUCAGACCUCGGAGGUGAUACCAGAUCUUCAGGGGGAUGUUUUUCACUGUAUGCUGUUCGCAGCAAUGAUUGUAUGAGUGCUUUUGAAAGUGUAAUCUUCAGAGGAUAGUUUCAGCUCAACAAUAGGUUUAAUCUGGGUCUGCAGAUUUCUAGUCCAAAAUACUGAGGGGACGUGUUGUGAUUUAGGCCUUUGGGUGAUCAUAUGAGUUUCUGUUGUUCAUUUUGUGCUUACGGCAUGGCUUUAGGAUUUGGUUUUCCAUAUAGACUAUGAAGCUUAGCCUCAGGUUUGGUAUUAAAAUAAAGCAAUUCAUUUGGGAGAAUGUUAUGAAAUGUCUUUUUGUAUUUAAUUUUUUUUUUUUUUUUUUCUUUUUGCAAAUUAAAUAACUAACUUUAAGACAUAUGAAAGCCAGUGGAUGUUAUAUUCCAUGUGUUUAUUUUUGUUUAAUAUAUAGUAUUGCAGUUUUCAACCACAUAUGUGUUUAUCACUGCAAAACUUUCACUGCUUUUUAUUUUAUUAUUAUUAUUUUUAUUUUAUUUUUUAAUAUUGCUAGUUUGGCUGUUAAGGGAAUUUUGGGAUAUUUCAAUAAAACUAUAAUUUUUUUUAUUCAGUCUAUAUGCAUUUAUCAAAACUGUUUUUUUUUCUUCUAACAUUUCAGUAUGUUUGUUUGUUUUUUCCUUUGUGCACAGGAAGUUAAUGUCUCUCCUGAGUGGUUAUUGGGAUGUCGUGGACUGUACAUAACCAUGAAUGAAUGGGUCCAUUCAAAGACAGCUGUAAAAUAUGUCAAUGUUUGUGUCAAUAAUAACUCUAAUAUAAAGAUGAUAGAACAGUAGUGUUUUCAUAAUGGUAAGCAUUAUAUAAAGCCAUUUUGUCUGUCAGACUUAGAACAUAACAUAUGAUUGAGAGAGAAAUUAAAUUCAUGGCUAGGUGUUUUCGUGUGUCUGUGUAUAUUUCUGUAAAUGAGCAAUACCAGAAUUUACCAAAAUGUUUGUUUUGACAUUUUCCUGUAUAUUGAUAUACUGUAAAUCAAACCUCAACAGUAACACUGGUGAUAACAGUCAAAAGUAAUAAGAAGAACUACAGUAAAGAACAAAUCAAUAUUUGUAUUCCAAAAUGUAUUUAAAAGAUUAAAAUCUAUUUUUUACUCAAUUUGCGGAUGUUUAUUAAUAUUCUCGUUCUGGUAUUUGUGGGAGUUGAAGUCAACUGAUUGUAAAUGUCUGUGCUUUUUUUUGGUUUCCUCUUUGUAAAGCUCAGUGGUUCUGCAGUAAAACUGUUUCAACACUUUGGUCAUAUUGAAUCAUUGUGAAGAGAAAGCAAACACUAAAACACCACAGGAAAAAUAGAGGUGUUUUAAAAUCUUGUCAGUGUCGAUAUGUGUUUUGUAAUAAAUUAACGCGUCAUUGGA